AUGGAAGCGAGAGGAGUCACCAUUCCUCCUGCGCGGGUAGGCCAUACGGCCCGCAAUUCUUUGGCUGUAAAGAUUCCUGCUGGGCGAAUGGUACUGCAGGACGGCAUCGUUAAGCCGCUGCUGGGGCGCGGAUUACUGUGUCUGAUGCGGGAUUCGCUAAUGGACGAGUUGGUGCUCACGUGGGUUCCCGUUGACGGGGGGGAGGAGCACCGGUUCACGUUGCCGCAAGGUAAAGUGCAGGUUAGUUGGGUAGAGAAGUGCAAGUCCGGAAGGGUGCUGCUGUUUGAUGUAGAUGAAGGCAAACAACUUCUUUUCUUCUGGAUGCAGUCUCGUUCAACGGAUCUCGCUGAAAAAAUGAUGCGGCGGCUUCAAUACAUAUUGGAGAGGCACCGACAUUACCCUGUCAACGCGCCAAACUCACAGGCAAUUCAAAUGUCAACUUUUCGAAGAAUACUGGAGGAGGUGCGAGAGGGUGCCGUGACGCUGGAUGUGGACCUCGAAGCCCUUCUGGCUUCUUCCAAACUCAUUGAGGCGCUGCAGGAGGACCCGGAGUUUUACAGAUCGAGGGUGGUGGAUUACCUCCCGUCAUCGAGUGCAACGGUGACAGACACGCCCGUUGAUGUGGUCAGCCUGGUGCAAGACUCUCAGGUGCAGUGGGCGGCUGUCAUUCUGAGCACAAUGCUUCGCCACCAGGCCACGAGUACUUAUCUUUCCUCCCUCUUCCUAGACGCCGCCGCACCAUGGGGCCUGGGAGUCGUGUCUUUUAUUAUGCAAAUCAUUCAGGCCUUCUUGGAGUAG